GUCGUACAGGGACUUUCAUUGCACUUCGCAAUGUCUUGAGUGAAGCCGAGCAGACAGGACAUGUAGACUUCUUCAAAACUGUUGCCAAACUAAGGCAGGAUAGAAUCUUAAUGAUACAGACAAUGGUAAAAUUUAGUAAACGUUAUAAUUAUUUUUUAUAUGUAUUUAUGCUAAACUAGGGAUCAGCUAUCUGCCGCACGGAAACUGUAUGAGGUUUCUUGAACAACAGAUGCAGAUCUUAUUCUCUUUACUAGUCUAAAAAGGUUAUACGACUUCAAACAUAUUUUCUUAGCAGAUAUAAUUUAAACAAAAGGCUGCGCAUUGCAAAAGUUUGCUGACCCCAGUCCGAAAUAAAUACUGAAAUCAGUCAAUUUCAGAUCGAAAUGUACUUAGCAUUUGGAUAGUUGACAUUCCUCUUGCUGUCCUGUCAAAUGCUACAUUGCAGCUACAUUUACUGUUGCUUGGAAACUGAAAAAAUAGCUUCUGGCCGACACGUUCGUUGUUUUGUUGCGUUAUUUUGUUCAUGUUUUCCAAUACUUUGUUUCGCUGAAUCCCUAAAAAUUAGUUGCACGUGUUUUAAUCCCUUGUUUUACCUUAAGUGACCCAUAAUAUUUUUUCGCUCAUUAACUUUGUCAUUUAUAAUACCAUAGUAUCUCACCAGUGAUCUAGAAAUGUCUAAUUUAGUAAUCAUAAAACUUGAUGAAAGUCAUGUGGAAUUGGAAUACACAUUAAUUUCUGAAUCGUCUUAUUAUUUUGGUUUUGUUGAUGUAUCACAGAAAAAAAGUUAAAAAAAAAAAUUAAAUUGCUUCUGCACUUAUAUUUUAAUUCGUGUUUAUUCUUACAGGAGCAGUACUGGUUUUUGCACAAGGCUGCCCAGGUUGCCAUUGUGUGUAUUGGCACAACAGUAAAAUCAAAUGAUAUUGUUGGCAGAAACAAAUCACUAAAAGAGAAAUCCUUUACAGGAAAAACUGAGAUGGAGGAAGAAUUUACAGUAAGUAAUUAAAAUAAAGAACAUUUUAGUUUUGUUCUUCAAUAAAUAUAAAUUCUUAAGUUUUAUAUUUUCUUUUGCUUAGAAACGUAAAAGUAUGUAGUUAUCGUUCCGUUAAGAGUUAUCUGUCGAUGGUUUACAUGAAGUGAGUCUUAUAGAUGAGUGUAAAGAUUAAAGAUAUAAGGUUAAAAAAUCAAAGAGUAUAUGACAUUUUUCAGAAUUUAUUUUGCAAAAAAGAGACUAUCAAUUUUUUUUUUCGAAAUAAGGAUUGCUCAUGUCUAGAAUUCUACAUCAGAUAACUUCUUAUUAUUACAUAGUAAGAUUAGCUAAACUUUACAUUAAUAGUUAAGGAAUUCAUUAAUUCUUAAGUUAUCUAUUUUUUUUACAAUCACCUCUCUUUCUCUCUCUCUCUCUCUCUCUCUCUCUCUCUCUCUCUUUCUCUCGCACGCGCGCUCUCUCUCUCUCUCUGUCUGUCUUACCAUCUCUCUCCCUUUAUACAUAAAUAUAUAUAUAUAUAUAUAUAUAUAAGAUAAGAUAAGAUUCUUUUAUUGAUCCAAACAAAAUAUAAAUGGAAAUGUUUUAUGAUUGCAUUAUACAUUUUCAGCACAUAAAUAAAACAAUUUGAACACAAGACAUUUAUAAUAAUUUAUUUCAAACAGCCAUUCAGUGAGUUCUCUUAGCCAAAUAUAUAAUAUAUAUUUGUCUGAAUUAUAAUGUUCCUUAAAUUAAACUUAUUCAUUAAUAGUAAUAAUCCUUUGUCUCUUUUAAUUUCUAGGUUGUGUCUACUGUUAGUGAUGACUUGAAAGAAGACUUUGAUAAGGCAGACGACUUUUCGGGAGAAGAUGGCAAUGUUUACGAGAACAGUGAGGAAAUCACUGACGUAAUCAAAAAUAGGUUUUCAAAUAUAAUUCCAAGUAAGCAUUUUUAUCAAAUGGGCCAUUAAAGUUGAUAACAAUAGCAUAUAGUUAAUAAGUAUUAAUAUUUAAUAUAUAGUUAAUAUGUUCAAUGACCAAACCUUAAAAAAAGUAUAAUAAUAAUAUAAAUUACUGGCAUUUCUCAUUAACAUUCCAGUGGUAUCUAAUUGUUAAAAAUCUGUGAAAUCGGCGCUAAUUCAAUUUGCCAAAUAUUAUUAUUUUUGUUGCCUGUCAGAUAUCUGUGGUUCAUAGUAUGUGAAGCUAUCAGACGUCUGGUUCUUCCUAAAUUGUUUGUUUGACAGAUGCUGCAUCGUUGUUACAGAAGUGCUUUAGCAGUAGAUGUAGCGUGGUUGCCGCUGAAGUGAUUGAGUGAUAGAUUCAGCGUGUGUUACUGUAGUGAUUGAGUGAUAGAUUCAGCGUGUGUUACUGAAGUGAUUGAGUGAUAGAUUCAGCGUAUGUUACUGGAGUGAUUGAGUGAUAGAUGCAGCUUGGAUGUUACUGUAGUUCUUAAGUGAUAGAUGCAGCGUGGAUGUUACUGUAGUUCUUAAGUGAUAGAUGCAGCGUGGAUUUUACUGUAGUUCUUAAGUGAUAGAUGCAGCGGGGAUGUUACUGUAGUUCUUAAGUGAUAGAUGCAGCUUGGAUGUUACUGUAGUUCUUAAGUGAUAGAUGCAGCGUGGAUGUUACUGAAGUGAUUGAGUGUUAGUGGUUGGGUUGACGAAUAAAAAGUAAAAUUCCAAGCCAAUUUAAAAAGCCUGGAGUGUUUUUUUACUAGAUAUUGUAAAGAAACCUUGCUUAUUCUCUGCUAUCUUCAUCUAUAUCUGACAUCCACUAAAGAAACAACUCAGGCGAUAACAUCUGAUGAUUAUAGUCUUGUUCUUUAUUAGGCUGAUAAUUCGCUUAUACUUUCUCUCAUCUCGCAACUCUGACUGCCCUCUACUCAUACCACCCGGCCGCGCUCACCCUCGUCCCGUCCAGAGGUCCCUAUUUAUAAGUCCCUGGUUCAUAGAGUUCCCUUCCCAGGUCUGUACUCGCCCCGCCCCUUUUUAUCAAUUGGCGCAAGGUUACCAACCAACCAGACGUCCCAGGUAAAUGCCAUGGUCUGAUGGCUUGAUCCGUCGAUCGUGAUCCCUGGUCAGAUGGCGCCGGCUGUACCUGUCAGACGGCCGGUAAUCCCUGGGCAGACGGCCGGCGCCGUCGUGGUCCGAACUCUCCACAAUAUUAAACUACCAAUAACCUAAUAUAAUAUUAUUUAUUUUACAUACGUUACCUUAUCCAAAUUGAUUAACACAAUUUAAUUGGAUAGGACUGACAACAUAAACUCAAUCUCUGACCCGUAAAAAGAAUUUGAAGAAUGUCUAUUCCAGAAAAGUACUUAGAAUUAUUUAACACAUAUUUUAAGGAUGACCUCUUAAAAUGUUAUUUUAUUGCUUUUAAGUUCCUAUAGAUCAUAAUAAAAACACAUGAUUUACAUUGAUAGGCUCACUUUUUAUUUGUGCUUCCAACAGAACAGAUAUACAGACCAUUUUUGGACUGUCAGACUAUAGGCAUGAGUGAUUAUAUAAAUGCAGUGGUUUUGCCAGUAAGAUUUUUUAUAUUUACAUAAUACUUUUGUUUGUAAAUCGUUAAUUUUUUUUAAAAAAUGUAAAUGUCUCUAAUUUUUGCAAAAAUGAGCAGAGUUUCUUUUUUAAAAAGUUGAUGCCAUACGCAAAAUGGUUAAGGAAAUUGUGUCGGCAAAUAAAAAAAAUGUGUUUUAAAUCACGAUAGCAGUGGUAUAUUUGUGACACAGGUCCAUAGAUUACAUGGGCACAGCAGUGUCAGAUGACGAUACGUAGCACAAGAGCCUGCUCACUGUAACUCAGGCUGUUGACACUGGCUUUUUUCUCUAUGGACAUUGCCAAAACACUAUUUUGAAACAACUUUUCCCAUAGAGCAUUUUCAUGAAUGUUUUACAGGGAUUUAAGAAACAAAGCCAACACCUCCUCACCCAGCUUCCAAUGCCAACAACUGUUGUAGACUUCUGGCGGUUGGUCACGCAAUACAAUGUUUCACUGAUUGUUGCCUUUGAAGUUCAAACCAUGGUGACUGAUAAGGUAAGUUGAAAAAAAAAAGACUAAACUUCACUAAUUCUGUGAGUACUAACUAGCCCUAAAAAUCUAUUUUCAAAUAUGAGGUUUUAUGUAAUUCAUUCGUUAUUAUUUAAAAUCAAUUUCAGUAAUGUUUAUUUCUAAUUUUACUUCAAAAGUCACAAGAUAAGAAAUAUAUUUAAUAAAUUAAUAGUUUAUUAUUAAGUAAAUAAAUUAAGAAGUCUAUCUAUUAUUAAUCGUAUCUGCAAUGUCAAAUAAUUGACAAUAGUGAAUCAAAACUGAGCAAAGUGUUUGUAAACGAAAAUUACUUUUCAGUCCAUGAUGUAGGAAAUGUAGGAAACUAAUUUAAUCAUGCAAAUAAUUUUAAGUAAUCACCUAGAUAUUUAUUUCUUGUUUUGUAAUUUAAAAAAAAAAAGUAAGGGAAAAAAAUCUGGGAAAGCAAAAACUAAAAACCACAACAACAAAAAAAAACAAAAACACAACAAAAAAACAAUAAAUACAGUGUUUUUUUUUAUAGUAAUAAUUGUCUUUAAUGAUUAAAUCAGUGUAUGUAUUUGAAAUAAAAGGACUCAUCCCCUAAUGGUUACAGGGUCUGAAUGACGAUGAUAUUUAAAAUAUGCACAAAAUUUUGAUAAUUUUUGUCCUCAGACCUUUGGUAAUUAUUCACCUACAGCAGCUAACCAAGAGUUAAAGUGCUCACCAUACGUGAUCAAAUCAAAGGCGACGAACAAGGCAGCUUUAUGGGAGGAGCAGUUGCUGACAGUAGAGACAGAAAAACGGAAGUCCCUUGUUUCCGUCUCUCCAAAUGUAAGACUUGGGUCAACGUGUUUGUGAACCGAAGUGCUUUGUCUCACAUUCGUGUGGUUAAUUUGUGGGUAAAGCGCUUUGAAUAUUAACCAAUAAAAAUUAAUCCGUAAAUAAUUUUGGUCAAAAAGCCCAUUUUUAUAAUCAAUAAACAACAUUAUACUCCAAUAGUAUUAUAAAAUAUCUCCGGAAACGGUAAAGCGGUUAUUUGUUUUAUGUUGUUUCCUUUAAAAUACAUAAGAGUUAAUAUGUGAAAUGUAUUAAGUAGUCUUAAGAGAAGCUAGAGACUUCGUUUAGAAUACACAUACUUUAUAUGAUGGGUGGUAAAAAUUAAAACAAAAACAACAACCCAACAACUGAUUAUAUUAUACAUUAUGUAUUGAUAAUUACAGGCGUCACAUAAAAAAAUAUGUUCACAUACUAAUGCCAUAUAGUGUUCAAAAAAUUAUUUAACCAUUUUUUUUUUUUUAAGUUAAACAAACAAAAACGAGAUAAAGUAUUUAUCCAUGUAGAAUGUCGUUAUAACAGUUGAAUGUAUUUUCUCUAUCACAGAACAAUGAGAGCCAAACAGUCAUCCACCUUAAAUGCUUGUUUACAGAAUUGGAUCCUGAUAAACUACUGUCCUUUCUAAGACAGAUUAGGUCUUACAAUGCAUUAGCACAGGGAAGGAUUUUAUACACCUGCAGGUCAUAACACACACAUUGUCUUUAAAUAAUUAAAAUUAAAAAAACUGUAGCAUGUUUUGAUUUGAAUUUGAAUAUUAAUAUGCAUAUAAAAUAAGAUGAAAAAGAGGCACAGAAGUCGGAAGUUAAUGAUUUAAAAAAAAAAAUAAUCUCUAUUAAACAAUUUUAAUGUAGACUUUAUAAGGGUAAAUAAGUGUAUUGAUUUUUUAAAAAAAACAACUCUUAAUUUAGCAAUGGGGCAAAGUACAGUGGUCUGGCUUGUGUGUUGUCCCUGUUGCUCGACAGAAUGGAGCACGACUCUUAUCUCACAGUUCCUCUUGUUGUGGGCACAGUGAAAACCAUUAGGAAAGAGGUCAUUCUAAAUUUGGUAAUAAAAUGUUUUAUAUUUAUUAGAUGUAUACGAUUUUUUGAAACACUCACUAAAAAUAAGAAAACUCAGUAACUAUUUACAUACAACAAUGAAAUUGAUACGCAAAUAAUAAUUUAACAUUAUAUUUUAAAAAGAGAUUAAAAUGUCAUUUAUGUAUACGAAACAAUGCACUUCAAUGCAAUGUAAAAUAUUAAAAUCUAAUCAUUUAGGUUUUCUAUUUUUUUUUUUGUCUAAAUGUUCACAGGAUCAGUACAGUGUGCUUUAUGAUGUACUUGCAAGAUAUUCUGACAACUUUGUUACAUAUGACAAUUUUGGGAAUGAUUCACGAAAUGGAGCUGUUGUGGAAGACUCUUCUUUCAAUGAGGAUCAAGAUGGAAACCUAGACGCCAACUAUUAAAUUGUCAUCAAAAGCAUGAAUGAUAGAAAAAUAAAAUAGAAUUGGGCCUUUUUUUAUCUUAAGUUUAUUAAUUUUAGGUGUAGGCCCUAAUUUUUGUGUCAAAUGUAUUUUUAUAAUCAUAGAAAUAAAUUCAUUUUUAUUUAGAAGUGUUAUAGAAAAUCAAUUUACUGUUCAAUUCAAGUUUUUUUAAUGACACCACACAAAAGAUGAAAAUGAACAAAAUAAUUUUUUCUCAUGUUUUUUUUUUUGUUAUGAUUUGUUAUUGUUUUUCUUUGAACUGCUUUUUGUUGGUUGCAAUUUAUUGAGUGACCGACUGAGUCGGCGACUCCGCACAUUUUUAGUAGCAAAUGAAAGGAUAACCAACCACAUGUACAUUUUCCAUGUAGCCAAACCAAAUGCAUGCUUUAGAAAAAAUACCAUUUAAGUGAUGUAAUUGAUUUUUUUUUAAAUUUAGUGGACUUAUUUUGUUAUCCAAUAUUGGUGCUUAUGUCUGUUGCAUG